AUGAACCCCAGCGCUGAAUCUCCCUCCAGCAUCCACACUGACUGCGCUGAGGUCCAGGUCCCUGGGCAGGUGUUUCUGGUCAUCGCAGUGGCCAGUUUGAGCGAAAACCUCUUGGUGAUUGUGGCUGUGAUCAAAAACAAGAAUCUGCACUCUCCCAUGUACUGCUUUAUCUGUAACCUGGCUGUGUUUAACACCAUCUCUAGCUUCUCCAAGGCACUAGAAAAUAUACUACUGUUGUUUAAAGACGCCGGACGCCUGAACUCACGCGGCCCUUUUGAGCUGAAGAUAGACGAUAUCAUGGACUCUUUACUCUGCAUGUGCUUUCUAGGUUCAAUCUUCAGCAUCCUCGCCAUAGCUGUGGAUCGGUACAUUAGCAUUUUCCAUGCGCUACGCUAUCACAUGCUCAUGACCAUGCGGCGUGUGCUGAUCAUUUUGUUCACUAUAUGGGUUUUGUGUGGCACCAGUGGAGCCCUAAUGGUCGGCUUUUUUGAGGCAGCCACUGUAAAAAUCUUCUUCAUCGUGCUCUUCUUCACAGCUCUGCUCCUGAUCCUCCUGCUUUAUGUUCAUAUGUUCCUGUUAGCACGCCAUCAUGCAAACCGAAUCGCGUCUAUGCCUGGUGCUCAGGCGCAACACAGGAAAAGCGGCCUGAGGGGGGCGCUGACGCUCACCAUAUUGAUCGGGGUAUUCGUGGCCUGCUGGGCUCCGUUCUCCCUUCAUCUGCUGAUUAUGAUGAUUUGCCCAGAGAACCCGUAUUGUGAAUGCUACCGUUCACUCUUUCAGCUGCAUGUAGUGUUACUGGUGAGUCACGCUGUUAUUGAUCCGGCAAUUUACGCUUUCCGUAGCGUGGAGCUGCGCAACACCUAUAAGAAGAUGCUUCUGUCCUCAGCUUCAAGGAUCUGCAAGCGGUGUGCUUGA